AUGGCGGAACCAACAUACAACUUCCCCUCGGUGGAGGAAACCACCAACCACCCAGCAUACAAAGGCACCGUCUGGAAGCUCGAGCCUCACUCAUCAGGCCACCUGCCCGUGGGCGAGGGCCGCGGCGGCCCCUUCAACCUCUACUGGGAAGUGCACGGCAACGGCCCAACCAAGCUCAUCGUACGUCUCCUCGGUCCAGAACAAGCAUGCCGCCACCUAACACCGGGCAGCUCAUCAUGGGCCUCGCCGGCACAAUCACGUCGUGGCAGAUCCAGACGCACCACUUCGGCCACCUCCACGGGGACCAGAACUCGGUGCUCGUCCUCGACAACCGCGGCGUCGGGCGGUCCGACAAGCCGCUGGGGCGGUACACGACGAGCGGCAUGGCGGCCGACGUGCUCGAGGUGGCCGACCACGUCGGGUGGACGCGGCCGCGGCAGCUCAACGUCGUGGGCAUCUCGCUGGGCCCUCGACCGCGUCGCCAUGCUGCGGCCCAAGACCGAGGCCCGGGCCAUCCGCGACACCGCCCUGGCCAUCUUCCCGCCCGCCUUCCUCCGAGCCCCCGACGGCCUGCGAGUCCCCUCGCCCGCGCGCUCGCCCAUGUGCGCGCCCGCCGACACCCCGGACGGCGAGUACCCGCGCUUCGGGUCCAACUUCCAGCGCUUCCAGGCGCAGGAGCUGCACAAGCGCCGCAGCCCGGGCGCCUUCACCCUCGCCGGCUUCGCGUGCCAGCUCCUCGCCGCGGCGGGGCACAGCAAGUCGCCCGCGCAGCUGCGCAGCAUGGCCGACGCCGUGGGCAGGGAGCGCAUCCUGGUGCUGCACGGCACGGCGGACAAGAUGCUCGUGGUGAGGAAUGGCGAGCGCCUGGCGCGUCUGGUUGAGCCGGGCGUGGUCAUGCUGGUUGAUGACAUGGGCCAUGCGCCCAUUUUCGAGAGGAGUGUGUGGUUCAACGGCUUCAUGGAUGAGAGGCUGCGCGCUUGGUCGAAGCUGUGA